AUGAAUCAAAAUAUGGAUCCAUGCACAGACUUUUACGAAUUUGCUUGCGGUGGCUACAUGCAGAAAACUACGAUACCAACCGGGUAUCCUAAAUGGGAUCAUGCUAUGCAGAUUGCAGAUUCAAUUUAUUCCACCAUAAAAGAUUUAUUAGGUAAUAUAAAGAAAGGAAAGAAGGAUGAAAAAAAUCCAUAUACCAAAUACGAAGGAAUGGCCGAAAGACAAGCGAAGAUCUAUUAUGAUUCUUGUUUAGAUAAGACCAACAUUAGAAAAAAAUUGCAAGGAAAGCCUCUAAAGGAUUUAUUAGAUUUAUAUGGAGGCUGGGAUUUGUUAAACGUAAAUAAAAAGUCUUCCCCUUUUAUAGAUGCAUCUUCCACAUUAAAAAAAAUCAGAUAUCCGGAUAAAGGUUUUCCUAAUAAGUUGAAUUCUGUGUUUUUUAGCCUAGAUAUUCACAUCGAUCCUAAAAAUUCUUCCAGGAACUUACUCUACAUCUUUACAGGAGACCUCCCAAACAAGGAUCACUAUGAUAACAGUGAUCAUUAUAAUAGCACUUUAAAGUACAUGACGAAAAUUGGAAAUUUAUUACGAAAGAAGCGAAAUGUUUUUAAGUAUUUGAAAAUGCAUGACAAGAAUAUUAAAUUCAAUCAGCACGCUAUUAAUAAAAGUGGCCAUACUCAGAGACAAAAAAAGCGGAAGAAACAGAAGAGGAGUCAACUCAGAGAAGCUAUGGCAAAUGUAUUAGAAUUAGAGGAGCUAAUAGAGAAAAUUACUCCACCUUUGGCAAUUGACGAUGCGAAUUACCAGUCUUUGAAAGAGUUGGAUAAAAAUUUUGAUUUCAUGAAUUGGACUAGUUUUGUAAAUCAAAUUUUCGAACCUCUCAACAUCUCCAUAUCUGCCGAUCAACUCUUUUGGGUCACAUCCAUAUCCUAUAUGAAAGGGUUAACUAGCCUUAUCAAGCAGUACUUAAAUGAACCUAACUCAUCUAGAAUUUUACAUGAUUACAUAAUGUGGCACAAGAUAAGGCCUCUUACAAGUUAUUUGUCAAAAAAAUUCAGCGAUGAUCCGAAUGUCAAAAAUAAUACCAUUCCUAAUUGGAAGUUAUGUUUAAAAGAAUUUCCCACUUUUAUGAAUUACCCAAUCAGUUCCCUUUACCUGAAAUCUAAUUUUUAUUCCAAGGAUAAAUUGAAACUAAAAGGAAUGGUUGAUAUGAUAAAAUUGGCUUAUAAAAGAAGUUUGCAGGAUCUUAAUUGGAUGGAUAUAACUACGAAGGCUAGAUCUAUUGCAAAGGUGGAUGCGAUGAAGUUCAAAAUUGGUUAUCCUGACUACAUAAUAAAUCCCAAUGAACUGGACAAAGAUUACCGAGGACUAUAUAUAGAAAAGAAUUCGUACUUUAAAAAUUAUCUCAACCAAGAUAUUGCAAGCCACAUAAACAAAUUGAAAACACUUUUUGAGCCUAUCGAUAAAGAAAGAUACCAUUUACCUCCUCAUUCCGUUGAAGCUUAUUACUCAUGGUCCGAAAACGAUAUAACCUUUUUGGCGGGACUUUUGCAAAAACCGUUCUAUGAUAGCACCUAUCCAGAUACUUAUCUAUUUGGAGCUAUAGGGAGCCUUAUAUCCCAUGAAAUAAGCCACGGCUUUGAUAAUAUCGGUAGAGAAUACGACGAAAAAGGUAAUUUGAAUCAAUGGUGGACGAACGAAUCGAUAAAAAUUUACGUAGAAAAAAUAAAUUGUUACAGAGAACAAUAUUCUAAUUAUUCGAUUAAUAAACAUCAGAAGGUGCAACUCUAUUGUAUUAUUUGGUGUGUUUCUUUAGUUGAAAAAGAAUUUGUCGAUUGA